CUCUCUCUCUCUCUGUUGGAAGGGAGUCUGCUGACAGGGAAAGCUGAGCGGAAGGACACGGAGGAGGUUGGUAGCGUUGAAGCUUUUCUCGGUUUCUGACUUUUCACACCCUUGUCGUCUUCGUGAGAGUGAUUUCUAUCUAUCAAGGGGUGGAAGACGUGCCAUUUUUGUUUGGUUCUGCAAUGUGUCCUUCGCCGCUCUAGUCGCUGCUAGCUGUUGCCGUCCUCUUUCUCUCUCUCUCCGUGUUGUUUCUGCUUAUCCGAAGGGUAAAAAACCUCUCGCGGUGCAAUGCCCGUAGCUGAAACCCGUGAACUGGCUAGAUAUUCUCCGAAAUCUGUUGCUCAAUUCCAGUAUCUUCAAUCCGGCUCCGAUCUCCUGGCGGGAAAAUGGGUUUGCUCUUCCUCGGCCCCUCUCUUCUCAGUUCCUUUGAAGCCCUACCCUUGCCGGAGAAGCUCUCCUUCGCUGCAAACCUCUUGCUUCUCCUCCUCCUAUUCUUGUCCUCCACAACCCGCGUCUUCUACCGUGUCUUGUCUCGGGUGAUCCCGUUCAAGGAUGAUGAUGGUAAUCUCGUCCAGGCUCGCGCCGACUCUGGUGGUGCCGUUAGAGAUCCGGUGAUCGUUAUCGUCCGAUGUUGGUUCAAGGUCGCUAUUUCUUGCACCCUCUACCUCCUCUUCCUCCAGAUAAUAGUUCUCGGCUAUGAAACACAACGUAUUUUUCGCUUCGGAUUCGAAGAUUAUUCCGUAUUUUACUUACCCUGCGUUGAGGCAAUCGCUUGGCUUGCUGUAAUAUUCUCGGCAUUACGAAGUAGGUUUAAGGUCUCGAUAAAGUUUCCCUUUCUGGUUAGGCUUUGGUGGCCUGUGUCGUUCUGCCUUUGUCUUUAUAUUGGAUAUGUUGAUACCAGAGGGUUUUUUGAUAAGUGCGCUCACUUAAGCUCUCAUGUGGUGGCGAAUUAUGCUGCUGCUCCUGCUCUUACCUUCCUUUCCAUUGCCUCCAUCCGUGGAAUUUCUGGCAUAGAUGUGUACAGGAGAAAUUCUGAUCUUCAUGAGCCUCUACUUGCUGAGGAAGAGGAAGCUGGUUGCCUCAAGGUCACCCCCUACAGUGAAGCAGGGUUUUUCAGCCUUGCAACCCUGUCUUGGCUCAACCCUCUACUCUCUAUAGGUGCCAAGAGGCCCCUUGAGCUGAGGGAUGUGCCAUUGCUGGCUCAUAAAGACAGAUCCAAAACUUCAUAUAAGGUCUUGAAUUCAAAUUGGGAGAGAUUGAAAGCUGAGAACCCUUCAAAGCAGCCCUCCUUGGCAUUGGCGAUUCUUCAUUCGUUUUGGAAAGAAGCAACGGUGAAUGCCAUCUUUGCUGGAUUAAACACAUUGGUAUCUUAUGUUGGACCAUAUAUGAUAAGAUAUUUCGUUGAUUACUUGAGUGGAGAUGUGGCUUUUCCUCAUGAAGGUUACGUCCUGGCAUCAGUAUUUUUUGUGGCAAAGUUGCUAGAGACAGUUACGACCAGACAAUGGUAUUUAGGAGUAGAUAUAUUAGGCAUGCAUGUUAGAUCGGCUUUGACAGCGCUGGUUUAUAGGAAAGGACUAAGGUUAUCAAGCACAGCACGACAGAGUCACACCAUUGGGGAGAUUGUUAAUUAUAUGGCGGUGGAUGUACAAAGGGUAGGUGACUACUCGUGGUAUCUUCAUGACAUAUGGAUGCUUCCCUUGCAAAUCGUUCUUGCUCUGGCUAUUUUAUACAAGAAUGUUGGAAUUGCUUCGGUGGCAACACUUGUGGCAACUAUUGUGUCCAUUGCUAUCACCAUUCCUCUUGCAAAGAUGCAAGAGGAAUAUCAAGAUAAUCUCAUGGCUGCCAAGGAUGAUCGAAUGAGGACAACCUCAGAAUGCUUGAGAAACAUGAGAAUCCUGAAGCUUCAAGCUUGGGAGGAUCGCUAUAGAUUGAAGUUAGAAGAGAUGAGAAAUGUGGAGUUUAGUUGGCUCCGGAAAGCCUUGUAUUCUCAGGCUUUUAUCACUUUUAUCUUCUGGGGAUCCCCCAUUUUUGUGUCUGUUGUGACAUUUGCUACUUGCAUAUUGCUAGGUGGUCAGCUCACUGCUGGUGGUGUGCUCUCUGCACUGGCCACCUUUCGGAUUCUCCAGGAGCCUCUAAGAAACUUUCCAGAUUUGGUUUCAAUGAUCGCCCAGACAAAAGUGUCUGUUGAUCGAAUAGCAGGUUUUUUGCAAGAGGAGGAGUUGCAAUUUGAUGCCACGAUUGUUAUUCCUAGUGGGCUUGGAAGCACAGCCAUUGAGAUUAGAGAUGGAGAAUUUUGUUGGGACCCUAGUUCUUCUCAACCUACACUUUCAUCAAUACAAUUGGUAGUGGAGAAGGGGAAGCGUGUGGCAGUCUGUGGUGUGGUAGGUUCUGGGAAGUCGAGCUUCCUCUCUUGUAUCCUGGGGGAAAUACCCAAACUUUCCGGUGAAGUUAAGAUAAGUGGCUCUGCGGCUUAUGUUUCUCAGUCAGCUUGGAUACAGUCAGGAAAUAUCGAGGAAAACAUCCUAUUUGGGAGCCCAAUGGACAAGCAAAGGUACAAGAAUGUUAUUAAUGCUUGCUCACUAAAAAGGGAUCUGGAGCUAUUUUCCCAUGGAGAUCAAACAAUAAUUGGUGAUAGAGGGAUAAACUUAAGUGGUGGCCAGAAACAGAGGGUUCAACUUGCUCGAGCGCUCUAUCAGGAUGCUGACAUUUAUUUACUCGAUGACCCAUUUAGUGCAGUUGAUGCUCAUACUGGGAGCGAUUUGUUCAAGGACUAUAUUUUAUCUGCCCUGGCCAGCAAGACCGUGGUAUUUGUCACCCAUCAAGUUGAAUUUCUUCCAGCUGCUGAUUUGAUACUGGUACUUAAAGAGGGUCGCAUAAUACAGGCUGGAAAAUAUGAUGAUCUUCUAAAAGCUGGAACUGACUUCAAUGCAUUGGUUUCAGCUCAUCAUGAAGCAAUUGAAGCAAUGGAUAUCCCAGAAUGCAUGUUGGAGGAUGUAUCAAUGCUUGGCAGAAGAUCAGCAUCAAGUGUAAGCAAUGCUGAUGGCAUGGGAACUGAAGCACUAGUAAAGGAGUCUCCAUCCGAGAGAAAUGUUAUAAAGGAAAAAAAGAAAUCUAAACGCAGCAGAAAAAAGCAGCUUGUUCAAGAAGAAGAGCGAGAAAGGGGAAAAAUUAGUUUGAAGGUGUACUUGUCAUACAUGGCUGCAGCAUAUAAAGGAGCACUAAUACCUUUGAUUAUUUUGUCGCAGACGACAUUUCAGGUUUUGCAGAUCGCUAGUAACUGGUGGAUGGCUUGGGCAAAUCCCCAAACACAUGGUGAUAAGCCAAAGAUGACUAGUACAUUUCUUCUCGUGGUUUACAUGGCACUUGCUUUUGGAAGCUCUUGGUUUGUCUUUUUUCGAGCAGUUCUUGUGGCUACUUUUGGCCUAGCAGCUGCACAAAAGUUGUUUAUGAAGAUGUUGAGAACUAUUUUUCGGGCUCCUAUGUCAUUUUAUGAUUCCACCCCAACGGGGAGAAUUUUGAAUCGUGUUUCAAUAGAUCAAAGUGUUGUUGAUCUUGAUAUUCCAUUCAGACUUGGUGGGUUUGCGUCAACCACAAUUCAACUUCUUGGUAUAGUUGGUGUGAUGUCUAAGGUUACAUGGCAGGUUUUGCUCCUUCUAAUUCCAAUGACCAUCAUUUGCUUGUGGAUGCAGAAGUAUUAUAUGGCUUCAUCAAGAGAGCUUGUGCGUAUUGUCAGUAUCCAGAAGUCUCCAAUUAUCAAUAUUUUUGGGGAAUCUAUUGCUGGCGCUUCAACUAUUAGAGGAUUUGGACAAGAAAAGAGAUUCAUCAAAAGGAACCUGUACCUUCUUGAUUGCUUUUCACGCCCUUUCUUUUGCAGUCUUGCAGCAAUUGAAUGGCUAUGCUUGCGUAUGGAAUUGCUAUCUACUUUUGUAUUUGCUUUCUGCAUGACACUUCUUGUUAGUUUCCCACAUGGAAGUAUUGAUCCAAGUAUGGCGGGCCUAGCUGUAACAUACGGUCUUAAUUUAAAUGCCCGCUUGUCCCGGUGGAUAUUGAGCUUUUGUAAACUUGAAAAUAAGAUUAUUUCUAUAGAGCGCAUACACCAGUACUGCCAAAUUCCUAGUGAAGCUCCAACUAUUAUUGAUAAUUCUAGACCUCCACCUUCGUGGCCUGUGAACGGGAAGAUUGAACUACUAGACCUCCAGGUUCGUUACAAGGAGAGCUUGCCAAUAGUUCUCCAUGGUGUAACUUGCGUGUUUCCUGGUGGUAAAAAAAUAGGCAUUGUUGGGCGUACGGGAAGCGGUAAAUCUACCCUUAUACAGGCACUUUUCCGCUUGGUUGAACCGGUACAUGGAAAGAUAGUCAUUGAUGAUAUAGACAUCUCUACUAUUGGCCUUCAUGAUCUUCGUAGCCGUCUUGGUAUCAUUCCACAAGAUCCUACCUUGUUUGAAGGUACAAUUAGGGGCAAUCUUGAUCCACUUGAAGAGCACUCUGAUUAUGAAAUUUGGCAGGCAUUGGACAAGUGUCAACUUGGUGAGGUCAUCCGCCAAAAGGAACAAAAAUUAGACUCUCCAGUACUUGAGAAUGGAGAGAAUUGGAGUGUAGGGCAGCGUCAGCUUGUUUCGUUAGGAAGAGCUUUAUUAAAACAGGCGCGAAUACUUGUUCUUGAUGAAGCAACGGCUUCUGUUGAUACUGCAACCGAUAAUCUGAUUCAGAGGAUCAUACGAUGUGAAUUCAAGGAUUGCACGGUUUGCACAAUAGCACAUCGCAUCCCAACUGUAAUCGAUAGCGAUCUUGUUUUGGUUCUUAGUGAUGGGAAAGUUGCAGAGUUUGACAGCCCACAUAGGCUUUUGGAGGACAAGACAUCAAUGUUUAUGAAACUUGUCUCUGAAUACUCUAUAAGGUCAAGCAGCAUUCCAGAUGCUUGAGCAAGAGCCUCUUUAUUACAUAUUAUGAAAACUGAAAGAUGAACGAAGAACUGAGGCUGUAUCAAGAGCUCUGCACAGUUGAACACAGUUGACAAUGGGAAGUCAUCAAAAUGUAAUAAAGAGGGAUCAUUGGAAGUUCUAUUAGGCCUUCAAGGAAGAUGAAUGGAGAGGCACUUUACUGCCUGGUAGAGUUGAAAGCUUUCUUUUCAGGUUAAGUUAACCGUAACUGCUGAAUCCGAUUCUUCAAGUGAAGUUGAAAUAAUAGGAGAGUCCAACAAGUAGGUCAUAGGAAUUAAUUUUGACGUGUACAUCAUUGAACUUCUCCUUUAAAUUUUGGUUAGAAUUGGUUCUCAUUGAUAGAUUUUGUAUUUCAAGAUGUUUUGGAUGAUGAGGUUUAAUGAGAAAGAAAUAAAGCAGUUUUCUGUUCUGCUUGCCCCUAA